GUCCACAGCAUAUUCCCUGAAUUGUUGAACUUCGCACCUCCCUGCUGGCCUGGUCAUAUGACCCCAGCCCCCAUCUGGAUGACACCCCAACAGCCCCGCCCUGACACCAUCGUAGAGUUUCGAUCCGCCUCACGUCAGCAAUAGCUCCUGAUACAAACUCCACAAAUAAUUACAAGACAACCCAAGAAAUCUCUCCAAGAAAAUCCUGCCCCCACCCCAAUAACGAUAAUCAGCCAGGUCUCACAAUCCAGCCACGACCGACUGUCCCAUACCAGUACCCCUCCCCUCUCUGCACACCCACCCGCUCACCCCACACAUCAGCUGCGAUGGAGAGCUGCUGUCCUCAAGCUUGUCACCACGAGAACUCCCGGGAGCACUCGGGCCAGAUAUUCGAUUGGUGGAGAUGCUCAAAGGAUGGCCAGAUCCUGAAACCCGUGCCACAGGACCGCAUCGUUCCGCCCCUGCCCGCCCCUCCACUCAGACGGGACCGUGAGUCAUUAAGGCGAUAGAUAACGUUCAGUGCGAGCUCGUCGUCUUCAACAGCAACGCACCACAAGUCAUUCAUUUCCAAAAUUCAUUGGACAAGCGAGAGAAAUAACAAAAAAUUUAUAUAUAUUUAUAUAUAUAUAUAUAUAUAUAUAUAUAUAGAUAUAUAUAUAUAUAUAUAUAUAUAUACACACACACACAGAGCACCUACCGUUCUAUUGCCCACCCUUCGUCACUAAGUUUUAAGUAGAUCAUAACACAGUUCAACCAUACGAGAGGAUUUAGCGGGGACUACUCUAGCAUGUUGUUUUUAUUUUUGAAAUAUGCUUGAUUAUCUCCCUUGUAUUUAACUGAGAGAAAUAAAAAAAAAAAUAUAUAUAUAUAUAUAUAUAUAUAUAUAUAUAUAUAUAUAUAUAUAUAUAUACACACACACACAGAGCUCCUACCCUUCUAUUUCCCACCCUUCGUCACUAAGUUUUAAGUAGCUCAUAACACAGUUCAACCAUACGAGAGGAUUUAGCGGGGACUACUCUAGCAUGUUGGUUUUAUUUUUGAAAUAUGCUUGAUUAUCUCCCUUGUAUUUAACACCUGAAUCAGAGGUUGGGGAAAUUUUAUUAAAAACUCCAAUAAUUUCGAUAUUAUUCUCUCCCGUGUAAUAAGGCUUAGGGCAGCAUUUUAAACAAACUAGUCACUUUUGGAGGAUUAUUUUCAAAAAUUUCCCCAAAACAAUUUGUAAAUGGGCAGCUUUCUUUAUCAAGUGUUAUUUCCCUUUAAUCUUUGGCAAUGAAUGUUUUUUUUUAUAGUUUUUUUUUUAAACCUUUUUUAUAUACCAAAAUUAAGUUAUGCAUGUGUGUGUGUGCUGACUUAUCAAUAAAUCACGGUUGAAAUCUUUACCCAUCGUUGCCCUUACUGAUAUUACUAAACACAUUUAUAAACAACUAUGUAAAUAAUAAACAUUACUAUACACUUCUAAUUUGAUUUAAUGAUUGGGAACAUUUUCUAAAUUUACUUUAGGAGUAUGCAUUGAUGUUUUUUUUUUUCCUCUUUUAAAUGCCCAAUAUUGGAUAUAUUGUAUAUUAUCCUAUUUGUGACACUGAAAUUACUUUGAAGUAUGUUCUCUUUAAUCUAAAAUGCUGACCGUAACAUCUCUCGUUUGUCGCUGCAGACCUCUGCUGGCCGCUGUACAAGGGCGCCGAACAACCCAAGGACGUCAAGCCGAAGAGCGAGGACGACGACUGCGAGGUCAGUCGAGACUUCUGGCCUGACAGCUGGGACAAGACCGGCAAGAGGCCGAGACUGGAGCACGCCCGUCCGCCGUUUCUACCCGCCUUGCUCCCGAACCAGUUCGGCGUGGUCAAGUACCCCCCGCCCUACACCCACUACUGCCGGACAAGGGAGACGCCACUGAGCUAUGUCUCUAAGACAUAGGCCUCGACCGCCAUAGCACCGCCAGCAGCGGAUCUUCCAUUUGAGCAUUAGAAAAUGUGCGCUAUCUGGUCAUGUCAGGGUGAACCGGCUCACACACCCCAGACAAGUUCAUGUUAAUUGAUUAACAUAGCGUACUUUCAAAACAUUUAAUAGCGUUAACAAAUUAUUACGAGUAUCAAAUUUUUUUUUUUCGAUAGUCGGUGCCAUGGUGGCUUCAUAUCUUGGAUUGAUUCGUUCAUCUCUCGGCACUUAUAAUUGUACACGCACUGGCCCUGCACAUUCUGAUAAAGGCACUAUUCAGUGGUGAGCUUAAACAUCUCGGAUAACGUAACUGGUGCAUGCAUAAUUUAUAUCAGUAUCAAUAACAACAACAACAAGAAAUCAAUAAAAAUUAAUAAUAAUCCCAACCAAUGUAAGGUUCAAGAAUUCAUUUUUGAAAUGUUACAAAGAGAUAGUGCUAUCUAGCCUGCACUGUCGAGCUGGGGCCAUUCAACUGUUGCCACCAACACCACCAAGCUGAUUGACCAUGCUAGUGCCAUUUAUCUAUAGCCAUCAAUGAUGGUCAAUACCAUCAAGCUGAAUGCAAAAUAUUUUGUGACAGAUUCCAAAGAACUUCCUGGCCAUUGUUUCUGUUUUUUUUUUGUGGUAAUAAAACAGGG